AUGGACGAGGGCAGCCGGCUACGCGGAGUUUGUCGUAUGGCCAGUGACGCCGCGAUAAGGUGGUGGAGGGGCGAUCCCCGCCACUGGGCAGAUCGUGAGCGCAGCGUGCAGAUGCACAAAGGCACGGGCGUGGCGGCCAGAAGAGAGGAGUCGUUGGGUGGUGGAGUGGUUUGGGCGUGGAGUCGAGGCCGAAUUGCGAGUCGCUGCGCAUGCGAUGCGAGGGUUGGCCGACGCAAGCACCGUGGCACCGUGGCACCGUGGCACCGUGGCACCGUGGCACCUAGCGGCUUUGUCAAGGCCCUGGGGGCUGGGCGGGCUCAGAACGGCCGGGGUCGCAGUGCGAUCCGCCUUGCGACAGCAGCGCAGCAGCGCAGCAGGCGGCGAUCCACCACGCAGCUGUUGGUGGAGACGGGCCGCGCUGCGACUGGAGCGUUCGCCCUCGCGCCAGGCCGGCCAAGCCUGGCGCUGCUCGAGAGGCGCUGGUGGGAUGCGCCCGACGCUGAGGGGCUGGCACAGGCGGCCAACGACGACGGCGACGUGACGGCGACGGAGCGUGAGAGGUCGCCGUCGCCCAGGCCCGUCCCAGCCGGCGUCUGCAUGCAGGCCCGCGCUGGGAGGGCGCUGCAAGAUGCAUCUGCAGCCAGCGCCCUCCAAGACGGACGUGUCUGUUCCGCGACUCCACGCCCAAGGGCCCGUCCGGCGCCGCCAUGGCGAUGGCGUCCGAGAAAUGCCCCGCCGUGCCCGCCAGGCCCGCCAGGCCCGCCAGGCCCGCCAGGCCCCAGAUGCCCGUCGAGGCCCUCGCCGCUCGUCUGGCGCUGCGUGCCUGGCGCCGACGAAAGGCUCUCGUGCCACGCCCCGGUUUCACAUGCCGCUCUCCCGACUGCCUCGCAGGCCUCGCGCCGUCUGGCAGUGGUGCUGGCUGCAUCAGCCGUGGCCGAGUCGUCAGCACAGAACGAGGCCGGUGGAGCCCGACCGCCGUGGACACGGCCUCCCGCGUCGCCAAUUGGCCGCCAGCCAGGCGUGCCGCGAACUAGCAACCACAAACGCGGCGGCUGCAAGGGGAGCCAGGCGAAAGGGCUAGGCAUCCCGCCCGAGCAGCGCGCGCUCAAGGUCCACGUCCACGCUGCUGGCUGCCGUGCCACGGUCGACUUGCCCUCUGAACCACGCUCCCUGUGCAAGCGUGGCCUGCUCCUGCUGUACGACGUGGAUUGCAUGCGAGUAUAA